UAGCAAAUCUACUACUACUAUCAGUACCAUGGCUUUCCUCAACAUGGAGCAGCACACCUGGGCCUUCACCUUUGGCAUCCUAGGCAACAUCAUCUCACUCAUGGUCUUCCUUUCACCACUUCCGACGUUCUAUCGCGUGUACCGCAAGAAGUCGACGGAGGGGUUCCAGUCGACGCCCUACCUCGUGACGCUCUUCAGCUGCUUGCUGUGGAUGUACUACGCAUUCCUCAAGUCCGGCUCCGAGCUCCUCCUCACCAUCAAUGGCGUCGGCUGCGUCAUCGAGACCCUCUACAUCGCCAUGUACCUGGUCUACGCCCCCAAGAGCGCCAGGUUCCUCACCGCGAAGCUCUUCAUCGGCCUCGACGUCGGGCUCUUCGGCAUCAUCGCCCUCGUCACCAUGCUCGCCUCGGCCGGCACCCUCCGCGUCCAGGUCGUCGGCUGGAUCUGCGUCGCCGUCGCGCUCGGCGUCUUCGCCGCUCCCCUGAGCAUCAUCAGGCUUGUGAUCCGGACCAAGAGCGUGGAGUUCAUGCCCUUCUCGCUGUCCUUCUUCCUGGUUCUCAGCGCGGUCGUCUGGUUCGCGUACGGCGCGCUCAAGAAGGACAUCUUCGUGGCGGUGCCCAACGUGCUGGGCUUCGUCUUCGGCAUCGCGCAGAUGGCGCUCUACAUGGCGUACCGGAACAAGAAGCCCGCCACCGUGGUGCUGGUGCACGAGGAGAUGAAGCUGCCGGAGCACGUCAAGGAGGUGGGCGCCGGCGGCGCCAAGCCGCAGGGCGGCGCGCCGACCGAGGGGAGGAUCAGCUGCGGCGCCGAGGUGCACCCAAUAAUCGACGUGCUGCCGGCGGCGGGGGCCGUCGACGAGGAAGCCGCCGCAGCGGCCGACGAGGACGUGAUCCGCGACGACCACAACAUGCUCAGGCCGGAGCAGCCGGCGAUCAUCAAGCCCGACGUCGCCAUUGUCGUCCAGGCGUAGAUUAGGUUUAUCAUCCAGCCCCGUUAUUAAUUCAAGUAAGCCGGCGAUAAGUGGGCACGCACAGCACGCAUGCGGGCCUUCCUUCCGGCGUGGCCGCGUACGUACGUACGUGGCUGGGCACUGUGUGGCUGCAUCGGGUCCGCGCAUGGCAUGGCCGGCUGCGCAUGCAGAGAUCCAGCUUAGCUAGCCCGACCGUCUGCAUGCCAUGUCCAUGUGUGAAGGGAUGCCAGCGGUGAGAGGCAGUGUGAGUGAGUGAGACUGAGAGAGUGAGAUGCAUGCUACAGCAGCUUUGUACCAUUAUCAAACAUUUUAUCAGCCUGUCACAUGCAUUGGCUUUCUUUUAA